CAAAUAGAUCUGAAUCCGAAAAUGACCGACUCGAAUAGACCGAUUUAUAUCCAACCAAUAACAUGAAUAUCCAAGACUAUGACUACUUGUGUUCUAUUUUAUAUAUUUUUAUUUAUGAUUUAGUUGUAGUAAUUUUUUGCAAUAUUUAUUAUUAUUUCUGAAGUAUUUUGAAGUAAUAUAAAAUCUAAAUGUCAAAUUUUAAUUUUAAAAAUGUUUAGUUUCAAUUGUUAGUAAUUUAAUUUUGGUUAUGUUGCAAAAUUUUAAAUAAAUAUGAUAAACUUUGGCUAAAUUUUGUUGGAGUUUAAAUUUUAUGGAAAGAGGAUAUUCGAGAUUGAGAAAUGUUCGACUAUGAGAUGGAGAAGAUCAAAAUUUGAUUUUGUCAGCCAUCAGAAAAAGAAAAUAUCAAGGACUCUCGGUUUAGAGAUUCAAGUCUUUAGGGUUUUUGUGUAUGAGAUUCUUGUGAGUGAAGCAACUGUUGUUGUGACAAUAGAACUAGAAUAGUUAGGAAUUGGUUAGACGCGAUACACGAUAUGUGUGUAAUCACGUAAAUAUGAUUGAAGAAGACAAUCAAAUUUGUUCAAAUGAUUUGUAAUAAAGAUAUUUGUUGAAAAAGAAAGUCCUAUUUUUAAGACUGUCAACAAUUAAUAACCUGAAAUUAAGUUAACACAAAGUUAAGUUUUUUUCAUUAAAAAAAAACCCCUGAAAUUAUUGAAGAAAGUCCAAAAUCGAGGAGAAGGGACUCUCUCUAUUUGCCGGAUACCUAAGAAAUUGUGAAACGAUCAGAGAGAUGAACAUUAUAUUUUAUUAAAUUUAUUGCUUUCUCAUUGACGAUAUAUACAUACGGUUUUAUAGACUUUUUACAGAAAAAAAUAGAUCUUUUGCCUAAUCUUAUAUGCUCUAUAAAGUGGUAUGCAUCAAACUGGUUUUUGAAAAACCGUAUAUUUCAUCAGGAAGCAAUGAAGAACCUCAGGAUGAGGAAGGGCAAUAUUUUGUAGUUAAAGAAGUUUUUUUUCUUUUUCAACAUUACGGAUUUAAUAUUUUGUAGGGCAAUAUUGAGACAGGGAAAUAAGUAAUAGCCGACGAUAAGUGUAUACGUGGUAGACUUUUUAUGUAUGAUGCAAACACCUCUCUCAUGAGGGCCAACCAAGUGCAAAUGGAAUUUCUACCAUAUGUGCUAAUGUGGUGUGAGCUUUUACCCUACUGGAUCUAGCUAUAGCGUAUUACAAACAUUAGUAUAGCGAAAGUUAUCAAUCAUUUGGAAAUUGUACGGUCAUACACCUUGCAAAACAUAAAAAUUUCAAUCAAGAAAAAACUGUAGAAAUUAAAUUGGAAAAAAUAAAAGAAAAUGUUAGAUUUUCAGGAUAAUAGUAGGAGACAUAUAAAAAAGAUAUUACAUGUUUAUGGUCUACACACAUUAUAUGAUUUUUACAAUCUUUCCACUAACAUGGCACUAAUCUCUAUAAUUUAUAAAAUCAACAGACUCAAAUUUUGUUUGAUUAGGUAAUAUUAGAUUUAUAUUAAUCAAUCAAAUUCUGAUCAACUUCACUAAAUUAUGUAUCUUGACUUUUGGUAAUCAUAAUGUUUAACUCACUAUUUUGUACUAUUAGAUUCAACACACUGAUGAUUCUAGUUCUAUGUUUUUUUUUUAUUAAUUGUCAAAUUUAUUGAUCAAAGAAGAAAGUUGGAUUUACAUUAUGAUGCUAGCUAUGCUAGUCUAAAGUGUAAAGAAUAAAAGAAUGUGAUUUCCUAUUGUAAAUAGUAUUUAUGAGGCUGGGAUGGGUUUAUAAACUUUUGUAAAUAUUUUAUCAAGUGUUCAAAAACAUUUAUAAAUUAUUGAAAAGAGUUAAUUUAUUUUUUUAAUCACAAAUUUAAAGUAUUUAUGAAAAUAAUUAGUUUUUAAAAGUAAAUUUGAAAAGUGGUAUCAAACUUGUGGUAAAAUUGAAAUUUCCUAAAUUAUAUUAUAUCUGUGUUUAGAUUUAAGUUAUUAUAGUUUAUAUUUUAGUAUUUAAUAUAAAGAUUAUGAUCAAUGUUUAUGAUUUAAUUUCUUUCUUUGCUAAGUAAAUGUUAUUUUUAGGAUUAUGUUUGUGUGGGUUAGUUUUGUGAUAAUAACUUUUCUAGUGCUAUCUAUUUGAGUAAUAUAUGAAUUUUUUUUUUUGAAACACGAGUAAUAUAUGAAUAAAUCAUUAAAUUAAAGAUAUUCUAAGAGAAUAAGCACUUCAUUUAAUCUACCGUUGUAUUAAGACGUUUAUAGUAAUCCUAUAAUGAUGACAUAAUAAAAAAGGUAAACAAAACUAUAAUGCUCUUCUAGGGAGACACACUCGAGAAACGAAACGCAUUUUGUGAGACAGAGAGGGAGAGAGAGAUCACCAUUCACUCCUCCACCUGGAUUUGCAUCGUACUUAGCCUGAAAUGAAAUGAAUCGACUAAGAAAUGUAGAGGAUCGUCCAAUUCGACAGAGAGUACUGUAGCGAAGAGUGUCUGAUCCCAUCGCUGAUUCUCAUGGCGGGACGGGUCUACGAAGCCUGGAAGGGAAGCAAUAAGUUUUUAUUUGGUGGGAGAUUGAUAUUUGGGCCAGAUGCUUGGUCUCUUCCAUUUACCUUGUUGCUCAUCAUAACUCCAGUUACUUUGUUCUCUGUUUUUGUUGCAACACAUCUCCGCCACGAGUUCUUCUCAAACACUGCAGGAGAUGCCAUCCUAGUAGUAGCCAUUCUGUUUACUCUUUUUGUAUUGAUCCUCCUCUUCCUCACUUCUGCGCGAGAUCCUGGAAUCGUUCCAAGAAACUUGCAUCCGCCAGAGGAAGAACUAUGCUAUGAGACUACUGUGUCAGCUGAUGGAAGACAAGCACCCACUGUUCAAAUUCCGAGGACGAAAGAAGUCAUGGUUUAUGGCGUUCCUGUUAGAGUUAAAUAUUGCGAUACAUGCAUGCUUUAUCGACCUCCACGUUGCUCCCAUUGCUCCAUUUGCAACAACUGUGUUGAGCGUUUUGAUCACCAUUGCCCUUGGGUAGGCCAAUGCAUUGGAGUGAGAAACUAUAGGUUUUUCUUUAUGUUUGUUUCCUCUGCAACUCUUCUCUGCAUUUACGUGUUCUCCAUGUCGGCUUUAUACAUAAAGUUUCUAAUGAAUAACAAUCAAAGUACUGUGUGGAGAGCAAUGCGAGAAUCCCCUUGGUCUAUUAUGCUAAUGAUAUAUUCCUUUAUAUCUCUGUGGUUUGUUGGAGGGCUUACUGGUUUCCACUUAUACCUCAUUAGCACAAACCAGACAACCUAUGAGAAUUUCCGUUACAGAUCAGAUAAUAGAAUCAACGUUUAUGACCGCGGGUGUUCUAACAAUUUCCUUGAGACAUUUUGCUCGAAAGUUAAGCCCUCAAGGAACGACUUCAGAGCUCUCAUGAGAGAAGAACCUCCGAGGAAUAUCACAUUGGCUACCACAUGGGAAAGACCAGGAGAAGAAGAGGAAGGAAGUUCGGACUUGGAGGAAGGGCGUCAGAAAGUGGAAGACGAUCUUGACAUCGAUGAAGAUGUUAUGAAACUACAGCAGCGUUCUAAUGCAGAAGAAGGCAGCGAUCCAGCGCAUCACAUGGUCGAGGUUGACCAAAUGAGAGUUGGGUCUAGUGAGAGAGCACCAACUAUUCGAUCUGAAGUGAGGCACGGGAACUGGGGAGCAAGAAGUAGCGCACAAGAGGAUGUGGUUAGUGGUUCUUCAGUCAUCAGGGAGAGUAGAAGCUAUGCAGCUGCAGAGGAAGGACGGUGAUGGGUGAACAAUGGGAGUAAAAGAGGUUUUCUCUUUCUUACUGAACUUUAUUGUUUUAGUUUUUCAUUAUAUUACGGGUUUAGGCCCUCGUGGUUUGGUUUGAGAGUUGUGAACAUGAUGGUGGUUUGGGCAACUGUGAAUAAGUUUAUAGUAAGCUUGGGUAGAGCUCAAUACUAAGUAAAAUAGGUUACUCUACUGGCUUAUCUUUUUUAUAGAUGUUUUUUGGGACCGAACCAUUUGAGUAUUUGUAUUUUGUA